AUGGAAGAACAACAACCAGAGAAGCAAGAUGCAACACCUCGUGUUGUUGGGUUUCACAUUCCUGAUGAUGAUGAUGUAAUAGAUACACGAGAUGAUGGUUUACCACACGUUCUUCCAGCGGACGGAGGAAAAGUGUUGAUUGGUUACGGAGAGUCUUGGGCUAAGAGGAUAUAUGAGACUCCUAACCAUUGUCGUGCGGUCAGGAUUUUGAGACAUCAAAGGGAUACACAUUGGGAUUUGUUUAAAGAGGUUCCUGAGGUGAUUGCUAUAGUGCAAGACUCUGGUUUAUGGUCUUCCAUUAAAUAUGGUCAUCAGGAAUGUGAUAGAGUGACAGCCUCCGCCUUUGCCGAGAGAUUUGCUCCUGAGACUUACACAUUUCAUCUCCCCUUUGGCGAGAUGACAAUCACUCCUGAUGACGCAAAUAAGAUUACGGGCCUUAGUGUCACCGGCUAA